GCAAUAUGGCACCGGCCGGUCCCAGCGCUCGCCAGUGUGGUUGCGGGUGCCACGCCGAUCACACGCACCAGGCAGCGCUCUGAGAACACUACCACUUUGCCCUCCGCCGCUCUGCCUUGAAACGAAUACCGGGAGAUAGACUUAUUCACUAUCCUUACGCGUUUGAAUUGCUUUUCAUUUUUUAUUUCGUAAGAUAUCAAGAAAGCUUGAUUCACAGAUAGAGAGAUAGCAAAGGAAAGACAGAAUAUCUAUAGAUAUAUAUUUCUAUACAUACAUAUAUGUUUCAAUAGAUCUAUAUAUAUUUAUAUAUAUAUCAUUCCCUCAUACAACCACCAACACGAAAACAAGUUGAAACGUGAAAGAGAAAAAGAGCCAUCCAUUAUUACGAAUACACCCUCUCUCUUUAAAAAAAAAAAAAAAACGACUUUGUGGCCCCAAAAAACAAACGCAACUGAUCAGCUCUUAGACGCCGGUGCCCCCCAGUCGUCCUCCGGGAGGGGAAAAUGAUGUCCCACGAUGUCCAGGAACACAGCGGCGAGGGGGACUCGGAGUGCGCUGACCUCCUCGAGAGUGAGCUCAACGUGAGCCUCAAGCCCCUGGUGGUCAAAGCAGGGCAGAAUGGCAACGUAUUCACGGCCAAGCGACGCCAGGAGGCAGGUGACGGCUGGGCGACAGUUAAGCAGAUUGUGGCCGCUAUUUUCGCCUCCCUUUCGUCCGUGAGCAUCGGAUUCAUCACAGCUUACUCAUCACUCACGCUUCCGCAGCUCAGAAAUGACACUUCCAUUGACUACGUGGAUUCUCGGGAUUCAGGCUGGAUUGCCUCCCUCCCGAGCAUCUCCUCCAUCUUGGGUUCUCUCAUGGGCGGUUUCGUGAUGGACGCCAUAGGACCACGGACGACCCUGGUCAUGACGGCGCUUCCUUGCCUGCUGUCCUGGUCUUUCGUCGCCUUCGCCAAUAGCAUCGCUCUUAAUCUACGUCGGGAGGUUCAUCACUGGUAUAUUCUUGGGCAUAUUUUCGCCCGUGCCGCAGGUCUACGCCACGGAGAUUGCUGAGCCACGUAUCCGAGGUCUAAUGGGAGCUUUUCCCGAAGCGGCCGUGGCUCUCGGCUCACUCCUCUGCUACGGCUUCGGCUCGGCAAUGGACUGGCGUUGGCUCGCUGUGGUUUCAGCUCUCGUGCCCGGGAAUUCCCCUGUUCAUUUCGAUGGUCAUUUUGCCCGAGUCUCCGCAGUGGCUUACGAAAAAGGGGAAGCUGGAAAAGGCAACCAUGUCUCU